AUGGAUCCUAUGGUGACGCUCGUUGGUAACGGUGCCGAAAUGAAGCCUUUCUUGCAGGAAGAAAAGACCCUUGCAUUUUGGCAGGUACAGUUCCUUGCAAUUUUGGGUCUAGACACUGGUUCGCUCCACAGGUCACAAAUGACAAUCUUCGUUUUGAUGUAUUUGCUGAUCACGUCCGGACAUUCCCGAAGCCUCUUGGAUAUCCUAGAGAAUCACAGUUUUCUCCUAACGGCGGUCAUGGUUUCGAUUGUCUCAGAGAAGAUUCAUAAUUGUCUCGAUGUUCAAGUGGAACGGAAGGUUAAUGUAAACUGGGGAAGUGCGUCCAGCUGUAGCUUCCUUUCGGUGGCGGACUGCCAUGCUGCCAGAAAGAAGCACGAGGGCUGGGAUACUGCCAGGUUGCCCAAGCCUAGACAGGGGAAGUCGAGAGGCAGAGGUCAGGUUCGAAACAUGGGCUUUUCGGUUCGCGCUCUAACCACUGAGCCAUCUCCUCCCUCGGGAAGUGUGCCCACUGGUGACCCUUUAAAGGAGUGA